AGACACUUAACACAAAAUACCAUCGCCUACCAAGACCCCCCACAACCACCGCCAGUCUCCACCACAAAGACAUCCAGUAUAGUUAGAUCUCCAUUAACGAAAACUACCACCAUCACUGACCAUCCACAACGAAGCAAAAACAUCUGUAAUACCCGUAUCAAUGUUGUAAAAUGAACAAGCCGAAAUGCUCACCUCACCUGCAAGAACAAGGAUUACAAGAAAAAGAGUAUUAGACAACCAAAGUUCAUUUUGGGCUUGAAUGGUUGGAAGGUAGUUUGCAUUUGCCAAUGAUAAAAAGUUUGGAACGUCAAUUGCUGCAUCCAUGUGUUGUUAGUUCCAGCUGUGGGAUUCAAUCUCUGGUGUUACCUAACUUCGUUACCCAACAGUCAAGCAAUGAUUACAUAAGCUCCUUAUGCAAGCAAAACCUUUUCAAAGAAGCUCUUGAGGCAUUUGAUUUGUUAAGAGAGAAAACAAAUCAUCAUGUAAAUCCCAGUACUGGUGCACAUCUGAUUUCUGCCUGCUCUUCUUUGAAGUCUCUAGAUUAUGGCAAGAAAAUCUAUAACCAUAUCCUCACAUCCAACUGUCAGCCAGACAUGAUUCUUCAGAAUCAUAUUCUUAACAUGUAUGGAAAAUGUGGGUCAUUAAAGGAUGCUCAAAAGCUUUUCGAUGAAAUGACUGAGCGAAAUGUGGUUUCUUGGACUUCACUGAUUGCUGGGUACUCACAGAAUGGUCAUGGGAUCGAUGCUGUAAGAUUGUAUUUUCAAAUGCUUAGGUCAGGCCUUAUGCCGGAUCAGUUUACCUUUGGGAGCAUAAUAAAAGCUUGCUCAAGUUUGAAUGAUGUUGAGUUAGGAAAGCAAUUGCAUGCCCAUGUCACUAAAUCAGAAUCUGGUUCCCAAUUAAUUGCACAAAAUGCUCUGAUUGCCAUGUACAUAAAUUUUGGUCAAAUCACUGAUGCGUCUAACAUGUUUUCUCACUGUAAGACAAAGAAUUUGAUUUCAUGGAGUUCAAUAAUUGCCGGGUUUUCACAACUUGGAUAUGAAAUAGAAGCUUUGUGUGUUUUCAAAGAGAUGCUCUCUCAUGGCAUUUAUCAGCCAAAUGAAUAUAUCUUUGGUAGUGCUUUUAGUGCUUGCGGCAGUCUCCAACAACCAGAGUAUGGGAGGCAGGUACAUGGGAUGAUUAUAAAAUUCGGGCUGAGGGGAGAUGCUUUUUCUGGGUGCUCCCUUACUGAUAUGUAUGCUAAAUGUGGUUUCUUCCAUUCUGCAAAAACAGUAUUCUCUGAGAUCAAAAGGCCAGAUUUAGUGUCUUGGAAUGCUAUUAUUUCAGGGUUUGCAUAUGGUGGUGAUGCCAAGGAAGCAAUAUCAAUUUUUUCUCAGAUGAGGAGGCAUUUGUCACUGACCCCAGAUGAUAUCACAGUUCGCUCUUUACUUUGUGCAUGCACAUGCCCAUCAACUCUAUAUCAAGGGAAGCAGGUACACUCCUACAUUAUUAAGAUGAGUUUUGAUUUAAAUGUUGCAGUGUGCAACAGUUUACUUUCGAUGUACGCCAGGUGUUCAGAUCUUUGUGAUGCAUUUCAACUAUUUAACGAGAUGAGAAGCAAUGCAGAUUUGGUGACUUGGAAUGCUAUUCUUACUACAUGCAUGCUACAUAACCAGGCCAGAGAGGUUUUCACAUUAUUUAAAAUGAUGCUUCUCUCUCAAACUGUACCCGAUCAUAUUACAUUAGCAAACAUAUUGGGGGCUUGCGGAGCAAUAACCUCUUCAGAAGCAGGGGACCAAGUUCAUUGUUGUGCCGUCAAAAUUGGUCUUGUGCAUGAAACUUCUGUCAUGAAUGGAUUGAUUGACAUGUACUCAACGUGUGGAUUUCUUGAAAGUGCUCGAAAGCUCUUCAAUUGUAUGGAAAAUGCUGAUGUGGCCUCAUGGAGUAGUUUGAUUGUGGGUUAUGCUCAGUUUGGACAUGGGGAAGAAGCUCUCAAACUGUUUAGAAAAAUGAGAAGGUUAGGCAUCAAGCCAAACCAAGUAACAUUUGUCGGAGUUCUAACUGCUUGCAGUCAUGUUGGAUUGGUGCAAGAAGGGUGGCGGUUGUUUAAUACGAUGGAAGUGGAGCAUGGUAUUGUACCUACAAGAGAGCACUGUUCAUGUGUGGUGGACUUGUUUGCUCGUGCUGGAUGCAUAAAUGAAGCAGAAGCUUUUAUCAAUCAAAUUGGCUUCGAUUCUGAUAUUGUGGUGUGGAAGACCUUACUAGCUGCUUGUAGGACUCAUAGUAAUCUGGAAGUUGGGAAACGGGCUGCAGAGAAUAUAUUGAAGAUAGAUCCCUUCAAUUCUGCUGCUUAUGUUUUACUUUGCAACAUAUAUGCCUCUACUGGCUACUGGAAAGAUGUUGCCAGAUUGAGGAGCUUGAUGAGAGACCGAGGCAUUAGGAAAGUUCCAGGUCAAAGUUGGAUAGAAAUUAAGGACAGAAUCCACGUUUUUGUAGCAGAAGAUAGUUUGCAUCAGGAGUGGGACAAAAUAUACAUGGUUCUAGAAGAGUUGUGGUUGCAGAUGCUGGAUGCUGGUUAUGUUCCAUUUAAGGAUAUGGACUUCAGAAGCAGAACACUAUGGGGGUAAAUCAACAGAGACUUAUAUCUGGCUCUUCAGAUGGAAGUUGGUAUACAGUUUUUUGGAGGGUAACAGUUUAAAUUUAAGUUGAUUGAAUCUUUUGAGGUAUGUGCUUAUUCAUGGUUUACUUUUAUAAUUAUAACUUCUCUAGAAUAUAACAACAUUGACAAUGUGUUGUAAUGAUCAUUUACGCUGGUAUUAGAGAUUAGACCUUAGGAAUGGAAUGGUCAUUCCUUAGUAAUAUUCAUUCCUUUGUUUGGUUUGGGGGAAUAAAAUUUCAUUCCCAUUCCUAAGGAAUAACUAAUCCCAUAAAUCAUGGGAUUAACCAUUCCCAAAUAAACCAUGGUAUUACCCAUUCCCUACCAGUCGGUAAUCAGCCUAAAUUCAAAUUGACAAAAACCCGAUCGUUCCUAUUCCCCUCUCUCUCUCUCUCAUCACUGCCCAUCGUUCUUCAGUUCUUUGGCCCCAAUCCUUCUUCUCUCCUUUCAUCUUCUCUCUUCUACUCCCCUCUGUGACUUUUCCUUCAUCAGCGGG